CUGUCAUACAUAGUGUCAUUUUAUUUGUGCGCUUUCGGUUUUCAUGUUCUCGUUUCAAUACACUUUCUGUUGAUUAUUGCGGCAUUUGGAUAUGGAUUUAUAAAUUUUAUGAUUUGUUUCUAGUUUGUGGUCUAUCAAGAUGUCCGAACGAGAUUACGCGCCCUUAAGCACUGCUUGCGUACGCGGGCUUUGCGAUAAGAUAUACGACAAAAGGAAAUUUGCUGGUGUAGAAAUAGAAAAGAUGGUGAAAGACUUCAGUGAUGCAAACAACACCAGUCAGAUCAAGCGCUUGAUCCGUGUGCUGGGGCAGGACCUCAUGGCGUCAACAAACCUUAACGUCAAGAAUGGAGCCCUAAUGGGCCUGUCCUCUGUAGCUGUGGGAUUGGGGAAGGGGUGCGCGGACUACCUGCCGGAGCUGACGAGCCCGAUCGUGGCGUGCCUGAGCGAGAGCGAGUCGCGCGUGCGCUACCAGGCGGCGGAGGCGCUGUUCAACGUGCUGAAGAUCGCGCGCGGGCUGAGCCUGCAGCAGUUCCCGGCGCUGUUCGAGGCGCUGGCGCGGCUGGCCGCCGACCCCGAGCCGCAGGUCAAGCAGGCCGCCGAGUUGCUCGACCGCUUGCUCAAGGACAUAGUAACAGAAUCGUCGUCGUUCGACCUAGCAGCGUUCAUCCCGAUGGUGCGCGCGCGCAUGUACACGCGCAACGCGUUCGCGCGGCAGUUCAUUGUGUCGUGGGUGGCCGUGCUGGACGCCGUGCCCGACGUGGACCUGCUGCCGCAUCUGCCGGAGCUGCUGGACGGGCUGUUCAAGAUGCUGGACGACCCCAACCAGGAGAUACGCAGGAUGUGCGACGUGCAGCUGAACGAGUUCCUGCGCAGCAUAAAGAAGGAUCCGUCGCGGGUCGACUUCCCGGCCAUGAUCAACAUCCUCAUCACGCAUGCGCAGUCGCCAGAGGAGCAGCUGCAGCUGAGCGCCAUAACGUGGCUGAAGCAGUUCGUGGAGCUGGCGGGCGGCGCGGCGCUGCCGUUCGCGUCCGGCGUGCUGUGCGCCGUGCUGCCCUGCCUCGCCUACUCCGACGACUCCCGGAAGAGUAUCCGCGAGACAGCGGCCACAGUGAACUUCCAGUUGACCAGACUGGUGGUGUCGGACGAGGAGGGCGAGGCGGCGGGGGAGGCGGGUGAGGGACGCGACGGGCUGCAGCUGUCCGCGAUGGUGGACGUGCUCACCAGCAUGCUGCACCACGCCGCCGUGCAGACCAAGGUGGCGGCGCUGCAUUGGCUGCUGCGGCUGUAUAACAAGCUGCCCGCGCAGAUGUUCGAGCAAACAGACAAGGUGUUCAUGAGUUUAGUGGGGAGCCUCACCGACAGCGAAGAUGACGUGGUGCGGGGGGCGCUGGCCGUGCUGGCCGAGAUCUGCUCCUGCAACACAGAUGAUCUGGAGUCGAGUCCGUACUACAACAAAUUCCUGCAAGCCCUGCUGAGACUGCUCGCCGCGGAUGAGAAUCUCCUCGAGGACCGCGGAGCCUUCAUUAUCAGACAGCUGUGCGUGCUGGUGAACGCGGAGGCGGUGUACAGCGCACUGUCGCGGUUGCUGCCGCAGCAGCGGCCGCAGUCGCUGGCGCGGCGCGUGGUGGAGGUGCUGAGCUGCAUGCUGCUGACGGCCGGCGAGCUGCGGGAGCUGCGGCGCGCGCUGCGACACUUCGACAGCCCGAAAACGCACGCGUUGUUCACGCGGCUGUACCCGUGCUGGUGUCACAGCCCCGUCUCGUUGCUGGCGCUGUGUCUCCUCACACACAACUACAGCCACUGCAAUAUGCUCAUUUCUACAUUCGGCGACCUGGAGAUUACUGUGGAUUUCUUGACAGAGGUCGACAAGCUAGUACAACUUAUAGAAUCUCCUAUUUUCGCAUACAUGCGCUUAGAGCUACUCGGCGGGCCGCAGAGCGAAGAACUCCGCUCAGCGCUGUACGGCCUGCUGAUGUUGUUGCCGCAGAGUGAGGCCUUCCACACGCUGCGAGAUCGGCUUCAGUGCGUGCCGCAACAUAUAAUCACACACACUGCGCAUGAGAAAAGUGAUCCCGCUUCCAGCAAAGUCCCGCCGGCGAUAGACUUCGACGCGCUGCUGGCCACCUUCCGGUCCACGCAGGCCGAGCUCCGCCGCUGCUAGCCCACGGCUUUACCACACGUCUGAGAUACUGUUUCUACAAUACUGAUAUAAGUAAAAGUGUAUGUUGACUGUUUCACGUGUGUCGACGUCAGUGCUGGUUGCUUCUUUGUUUUUCUUUAUCGAAUUCACGCCUGGCGUGUUAUGCACCGGGCGUGUAUGCAACGUGCUAAGCGUGUUUAUCAAGUUAAAACAACAAGUUAUGAAUGGAUGUAUUAUAUGUAAACAAGUUUUGACUAAUGGUGAUAUUUGUGAAACUGUCCUUUUCAAAGUACAUUAACACAACCCAAGAAAAAAUAUUAUUUAUUUCGCUUAGUGCUAAUAACUAUUUCUUGUAAUCAAUUGAAGUUGUACUGAUUAGUCAUUCUUGUUCUUCACUGAAAUUAUUUUAUCAUUUUCAUGGAGAUUUUUUUUUUGCAUAUGUAUUUUAUGGCAUAGAUUAUAUCUCCACUUUUGAAUAUUUAAUUAUAUUUUGACAGCUAUUGUAGAUUAAAAAGCGUGUGUACAUUAAGAAUCUAAAUUUGUUAAGUUUAUAUUAUAGUUAAAACAAUUUGUAAUUUAAGCAUAAAAAUACAUUUGUAUAUGUAAGAACAAACUAUAUAUUUUAGCAAAAUCGUUGCACGGGUAAUAAUUUAAAAGAUUGUGUGAUAUUAUAUUACUGUUACAGUAUUGUGGUAUUUACUUAUUUUCGAUUUGACGACAUUGUUAUACACAAAAAUAUGUCUUCGGUAAAGACUGAAUAGACCUAACAUUCCAUCUUCAUUGGCGAUGUAGAAAAAUAUACGAAGAUGUUUUCGAAAUUAUAUUUAAGAGUUAAAUAACAAAUAAAACUAAAUGUAAAUAAGAAACUUUUUGAAACAUACAAGGAAUGUAUUAUGUGCAUAAAAUUGCUUAUAAGUACAUGUAAUAACAUUAUUUAUUUACAAUUCGAUAAAAUUACUAUUGGCUAAUAGAUCACUAAAUUUAUGAGAGCACCUUUGAGAUAGUGGCGGUAAUCUUAUAUAAUCUGUAUUAAGUAGACAUAAAACAAACCUCUUAUGUUUUCUUCUCGCUUACACUAUAUGUAAAAGGAAACUUUUUAAGCACAAGAAAACACAAGAAGUUUUGUCUGUCCCUUUCUUCUCUGUGUAUUUUGUUGUAAUGGAGUCUGAUAAUAAAUAUUUGAAUAUUUUGUAAA